AUGGUUAGAUAUACUGUUGAUGAAUUAUUCCAUUUAAAGCCAACUGAAUCUUUGCCAGUUCAGUUUGAUGCAGAAGAAUUCAAAGCUAUUAUUGAAAAAGUUAAGCAAAUUCAAGCUUUGAAAGAAGAAGAAUUCAAUGCUCAUGGCGGUCACUUCAAUCGUAGAAGAUCAUCUCAUCACCACCAUGGUAGACCAAAGGUAAAGCACACUAAGCCAAAGGUUACCACUGAUUCUGAUGGUUGGUCAACUUUUGAAGCUGCUAAUAAAAAAGUUAAUGAAGAUGAAGAAAGUGAAAAUGUUAGUGUUGCUGUUGUUCCAGAAACUUUGAAGGUUAAGCCAAACAACAAGAAUAUCUCAUCUUCAAGACCUGCUGAUAACAAGGACAUUAUUGCUGAUAAGCAAACUCAUAGUUUCAAUGCCUUUGCCGCUUUGGAGAGUGAUGAGGAAGAAGAAACAUGA